CUUGCGCAGCCAUUACUGAGAUGGUGAGCUCAGGUGGCCUGAAAGGAAACGUUUUUCUAGUCCAAAACAGCAGGGCUUGUUCCUGUAAACACAGUUACAGACUUACAGAGACAGAGAAAAAUGAGCAGUAUGGAAGUUAAAAUAUGCAGAUGAACUGUUAAUAUGAAAAAUAAUUUCUUAUCCGAUUACUUGAUUAAUGGAUGAAGUAAUCAAUAAAAUACUUGAUUACAAAAAUAAUCCAUAGUUGCAGCGCUACUUGUGUUCAGAAAGCUAUAGUCAAACAUUAGUUUUCAGCACCAGUGCUUCUUUAAAAUAUCUGUAAUGUGUUGUCAAAGCUUGGAAUGUGUCCAUUUUUGUUCUGGAGAAAUGCUGGUGCAGGUGGAGCAUCAGGCAGUCCAGAAAUGGGUUCGGGUUCCAGUGACAGAUGACUGCUAUGAUUACUUGAAAUUCAUUCAAGAGGUUCAUGCUAAAUUCAACUUGGCAAGUGGAGUCUCUGUAGACCUGAAGGACUCAUCUGGAGUCGAUGUGGAUGCUGAUAUUUUUGAUGAACUCCUGAGGUCUGCUACAGUAUCUUUCAAAGUAGUCACUGAGCGCUUUGUGGCCCCUGUUGAUCAGAGUGAGGUCACAGAUGCUUCCUUCAGUUCUGAAGAUGGCUCAUUCUCGUCAGUCGAGUCUCCAAGCUCAGCAAGCUCAUCUUCUACAGUGAUUACAGAGAACACCAAAGCACAGAGAAGACGACUGGUUGAAGGACCACCUGACAGUGAGAUGGCAAAAAAUAUUGUCUAUGUAGCUCUGCACCAAAAACCAGGGGGAGAAGAUGUAAUAAAAGAGUACAACAAGACCAGAAGUCUCUCUGAUCCAACAAGAAAGAAACUUGUCAACAUUUUAGUGGCGGAUAUGAUUGAAAGUCAUGGGAGAGUCCCUCCUGUCAACAUUCGCAUUACCUACGCCCUGGGAAUUGUCACCCUCUUCCCCAGUUUGAAAGAUAAUGGCUCACCGACUGGCUAUGAGCAUUACUAUGAUCCUCUCAGUGGACAGGGCUAUCUGGCCUAUCGAUUGAAAACAGUUCAGCGUAACACUGCAAGUGACUUCAAGAGGAGCUCCAAGUCUGCUCAUCAAGGCGGUCCGAGAACUCUGAGGGAGACCUUAACAUCUGAACAGCUGUUUGGUGAUGGAUGCAAAGAAGCAAUGUCCAUGAUGAAACAUUCAUCAGACCAGGAAGUUGUCAGGGAGAAAAUGAAGGCAACAUUUAAGCAUAGACAGAAUAUGCUUCAUGAUCUGGACCAGUCAUCACUCAUCUUGGAUCACUUCCCAAGAUUCUUGGAUACACCAGGCUUAAUUGAGCAGGACUUCAUCAUGCUCUUUGGAGAAGACAUCUCGGGGAAGUUCAUCGCAAGAUGGCCAACAUUCUAUAAACCGAGGGUCACCACUGUCAGCAAAAGCCUUCGACAGAGUGCUCAUCUGGAUGACCUUCUGUCCACUCAGGAGGAAUCAAGUGAUUAUGAAUGGGAUAGUGACCUGGCAGCUAUUCUCCUGCUGGUUCAUCUCUUGCCUCCAACCGCGAAGGGGAAAAGACAGGGAAAAAUUAGUGCACCUGAGGCUGCUGACCGUGUUAUCAAGUUCAUGAAGGUGGGGACAAGCAUGGCGACCUUCCUUGCCAAAGUUGGAUCUGCACAGCCCUUCCUCCUCUGCGUUGGAGAAAAGAAGAGCAGGAUACAGAAAUUCUACAUCAUCCUGGAUCAGAAGCCCAUUCCCUGUGUGGCACAGACUGCAGUGGCUGCCUUCGAUGAACUGUUUAAGGCACACUUUGUGUUUGCUGUGUCCUAUGAUGCAACCCUCCUCAACUUCUACACAUUCAUCCAAACAACGGUUUAUGGCAUUGAUGUUGCAACAACAAAGGAGAGCCCCAGAGUCAAGGAAAUUAGAGUGAGGAUUAACAACACUUGAAUAUGCUAACAUGUUACAUUUGUAAGGUUCAGCACAGAAAUUGUUCAACUCUUUUCCAGCAUUUGAAAUUUAGUCAUGCUUUGUAUCCAGGGCACAAAUUGCGUUUGAAAUGUGGGGAACAUGGCUGUUC